CUCUUCGGCCUUCGCUCCCUUUCACUGGCGUUUACUGUGGUUUCUUAAUCUUAAGCUGAAAAAAGGAGAAGAAAUACAGCGUCCUCUUACGUCUUACCGCCCUCUAUUUUUCAUUAGCUUGUUAGAUCCGGACCAUAAGAACUCAAGCAGAGUCAGAGAGAGAGAGAGAGAGAGAGAGAGAGGAAGGAAGGAAGAAGGAUGUUGCUCAACGUAAUCGAGGACGAAGAGAAAUGGCUGGCGGAAGGAAUCGCCAGCGUUCAGCAGAACGCCUUGUUCAUGCAUCGCGCUCUGGACGCUAAUAAUCUUAGAGAUGCUCUCAAGUACUCAGCUCAGAUGCUUUCCGAGCUCCGGACGUCGAAGCUCUCGCCUCACAAGUACUACGAGCUCUAUAUGCGAGCGUUUGAUGAGAUGAGGAAGCUGGAGAUGUUCUUCAAGGACGAGAGCAGGCAUGGAGUUUCGGUAGUCGAUUUGUAUGAGCUUGUACACCACGCAGGCAACAUAUUGCCUAGACUGUAUCUACUCUGUACGGUUGGAUCAGUGUAUAUGAAAACAAAGGAAGCUCCGCCCAAAGACGUGCUGAAGGAUCUUGUGGAAAUGUGUAAAGGCGUUCAGCAUCCAGUUCGUGGAUUGUUUCUUAGAAGUUACCUCGUUCAAGUCAGUAGGGACAAGUUGCCUGAUAUUGGUGCUGAUUACGAAAGAGAUAGAGAUGAAAGCUCUGUCAUGGAUGCUAUAGAAUUUGUGCUGCAGAAUUUCGUUGAGAUGAAUAAACUUUGGGUCCGAUUACACCAUCAGUUGAGGACUUCAAUUGGGCUUUCUGGUCUGCAGGGACCUGGUCAGGAUAGAGACAAGCGAGAAAAGGAAAGAAGCGAGCUCCGUGAUCUUGUGGGGAAGAAUCUUCAUAUUCUUGGUCAACUAGAUGGUGUGGACCUUGAAAUGUAUAGAGAAAACGUUCUGCCCAGAGUCUUAGAGCAGGUUGUCAAUUGUAAGGAUGAACUUGCACAGUAUUACUUGAUGGAUUGCAUAAUUCAGGUCUUCCCAGAUGAGUACCAUUUGCAGAGCCUGGAGACGUUAUUAGCAGCUUGCCCGCACCUUCAGCCAAGUGUAGACGUCAAGACUGUUCUCUCUCAGUUGAUGGACCGAUUGUCCAAUUAUGCAUCCACUUGUCCAGAUGUUAUACCAGAGUUCCUGCAAGUAGAAGCUUUUGCAAAAUUGAGCAGUGCUAUUAGCAAGGUUAUAGAAGCACAAGUUGACAUGCCUAUUGUUGGAGCCAUUACUUUGUAUGUCUCUCUGCUUACAUUUACUCUCCGUGUUCAUCCAGAUCGUUUGGACUACGUUGAUCAAAUACUGGGUGCAUGUGUGAAGAAGCUUGCUGGGAAGCCUAGACUUGAAGACAAGAGAGCAACCAAACAAAUCGUUCUACUCCUAAGUGCUCCUCUGGAGAAAUACAAUGAUAUUGUCACUGCUUUAACACUUUCAAAUUAUCCUCGUGUUAUGGACCACCUUGAUAAUGAAACAAUUAAAGUCAUGGCUAUGGUUAUAAUUCAAACCAUCAUGAAGAACAGUACCUGCAUUUCCACUGCUGAUAAGGUUGAGGUCUUGUUCGAAUUAAUAAAAGGCCUCAUUAAAGAUUUGGACGUAACAACUGCAGAUGAGCUCGACAAGGAGGAUUUCGAGGAAGAGCAAAAUUCUGUUGCUCGCCUUAUAAACAUGUUAUACAAUGAUGACCCUGAAGAAAUGUUACAGAUUAUUUACACAGUGAGAAAGCACGUAAUGAAUGGUGGGCCAACGCGACUACCUUUUACAGUUCCCCCACUCGUAUUUUCUGCAUUAACGCUUAUCAGACGCCUGCAAGCUCAGGAUGGAGAUGUAGUGGGAGAGGAAGUGCCUACAACACCAAAGGCAAUUUUCCAGCUCUUGAAUCAGGUAACUCUUUUGACACAUGAUUUAGCAGAUGCUGGAAUCCAUGAUUUAUCUCUCAAUGGGCUUAGUUGUUCCAUCACCCGAGCUGGCAUUAAGGCAGCUAAUGACUGCGAGCUUGAGCCAGUUGCUUAUGAAUUUUUCACCCAGGCUUACGUGCUGUAUGAAGAAGAGAUUGCUGAUUCCAAGGCUCAGGUGACGGCUAUACAUCUAAUCAUUGGAACUCUCCAGAGGAUGCAAGUAUUUGGAGUUGAGAACAGGGAUACAUUAACACACAAGGCCACUGGAUAUUCUGCAAAGCUUCUGAAGAAGCCUGACCAAUGCCGUGCAGUUUACGCCUGUUCCCACCUCUUUUGGGUCGAUGACCAGGAUGGAGUCAAGGAUGGAGAAAGAGUCCUUCUGUGCCUGAAGCGGGCGCUGAGGAUCGCAAAUGCAGCCCAACAAAUGGCCAAUGCUGCCAGGGGGAGCAGUGGCCCAGUUACACUCUUCGUCGAAAUACUAAACAAGUAUCUCUACUUCUUUGAGAAGGGCAAUCCGCAGAUCACAAGUAAUAUGAUCCAGGAUUUGGUUGAAUUAAUAACCGAAGAGAUGCAAAGCGACUCUGUCACCACCGAUCCAGCUUCCGACGCUUUCUUUGCCAGCACGCUCCGGUACAUCCGGUUCCAGAAACAGAAAGGUGGCAGUAUGGGUGAGAAAUUCGAACCAAUUAGCGUCUGAUUUCUCGCAUGGCAUGCACUAAAGUUAUUUGUUUUCUGGGAUUUGAGUAGAGAGAGAGGAAUGCUUGCGUGUUGUACAAAAGGAAAAAGGUUUAUGUUUGGUUUCAUUUUCUGAAGUUGGGGCAUAGAAAUGUGUGGUCGAUUAGAAAGAGGAGGGGAAGAGGAAAUGAGUGGGGGUAAAAUAUGGUGGCUGGCUGAAAUCAGUGUGUUAUACUUCCUUGUUGUUUCUAAUUAACAAAGACGUGCCUAAUGUGAUAGACGUAAUAACGACAUAUGAUGCUUUGGCCGAUUAGGCCGUUUGCAUCGAAGCCCAUUUUAUAUUAAGGCCCAUAAUAUCAGAUCCAACUUAGAAAUUAGAUGUGCGGAGUCAAACAGAACUACAGGUAAGAGGUAACAGUGCUUGGCACCUGCACAAAGGAUUACGAAUGUCUCUGAAAUGUAUCAUUUGAAGGUGCUCGAUUUGGCGUCAACCAAGUUGAUUCGAUUUAACAAG